UUCGUGCGUGCGUUACGGACGCUCAUCUGUUUGUACCGGUUGCUAAACUGAAGUGAUAUAUAGAGGAGCUCUCGCCUGUGUACUGGACGCUCUGUCAGCACCUCAGUCAGCCCUUUUGAAGUCGUCUUUGAGGUGAAUUAUCAAUCAGCACUGCUUCGUUGAAUAUGGAUUCCCUUGAGGAAGAUCAGAUCGAAGCCCUCAGGAAGGCCUUCGACUCCUUCGACACAGAGAAGCAGGGCUUCAUCACCGCCGACACCGUCGCCACCAUCUUGAGGAUGAUGGGAGUCAAGAUCUCCGAGAAGAACUUGGCCGAAGUCAUUACCGACACGGCUAAAGACGGUUCUGGUCAACUUGAGUUCCCCCAAUUCGUUGACCUUGCUGCCAAGUUCCUGAUUGAGGAGGACGAGGAAGCUCUGAAGGCCGAACUUAGGGAAGCCUUCCGUAUCUACGAUAAAGAGGGCAACGGCUUCAUCACCACCGACGUCCUGAGAGAAAUCCUCCAGGAGAUCGACAACAAACUGACCCCUGCUGAUCUGGACGGCAUCAUUGAGGAAGUCGACGAGGACGGUUCCGGAACCCUCGACUUCGACGAAUUCAUGGAGAUGAUGAGUGGCUGAGCGACUCUCCAUCGGUUGACCUUCAUCCAUCACACUCAUCCACUCACAGCGUCUCCACGAUCUUCAUUGUUUUUGUAUUGAUAUAGCACUGAAUACAUAACAAUAAAUAUAGAUUUAUUAUUAAAAAGAA